UCAGUAGUUCUCAGUGGAGAAGUUGUUCAUCAUCAUCAUCAUCCAUAUUCUUCCAAAUACCUCAUGGGACCAUUAUCUGCUUGACUACUAAGAGAACAAAGACUCUAGUAAGGUUGGAUCUGUCAUUCAGCUGUCAAAUACAAUCAGAAUGCUGUCCAGAAAACGCAAGAUUUUUUUUCUUCUUCUAUAUGUCACUACCGUCUCUGUGUUGUUUAAUGGAAGACAAUCUGCCAGAUUUGUUAAUUACAUAUCCCAUGUUCUGGAAACAAGAUCGUGUGCCUGUCAGAAGUGUUUAUCAGAAGGUGAACCGUGGUUUAUGGAUCGUUACAAUCAAUCUGUGAAGCCCUUUUUGUCAAGAAAACACGGUAUCACAGAGGACAUCUUCAACUGGUGGAAGCGCUUGCAGGGUGAUAGGAGCAGCUUCAACAACUACACAGAAGCAAUAGACAAGGUGUUUCAGAUGAUCCCGGACAAAGAUCACAACACACAGCCCAGCCCUGAUAAAUGCAGGAGUUGUGCUGUAGUGGGCAAUUCCAGGAAUCUGAAGGGCUCACAUUAUGGAGCCCUCAUUGACUCUCAUGAUAUCAUCAUGAGAAUGAAUCGUGGCCGUACCCAGGGCUAUGAGAUCGAUGUUGGCACCAGAACAACUCAUCAUGUCAUGUAUCCAGAGAGCGCUAAGCCUUUGCCCAACACCACUCAUCUCGUGCUGUUUCCAUUCAAGACAAAGGAUUUCAGAUGGACUAUCAGUUCACUGACCUCAGAAAUGUACAAAGAUGUGAAAUCCAGGAUAAAAAUUCAUGGUGGUUCACUAAUCAUGCUCAGUCCGGCUUUCAUGAAGUAUGUUCAUGAGAACUGGCUGCUAAAUCCAACACGCACAUAUCCAUCCACCGGCUUUAUGGCUGUGGUUCUGAGCCUGCACAUGUGUGAUGAGGUGAGUGUGUUCGGGUUUGGAGCGGACAGCGAUGGAAACUGGAGCCAUUACUUUGAGGAACUGCGAAACAAACUUUUGCGAACUGGGCUACACAAAGGACCACAAGAAUACAGAAUUAUUCAGCAACUAUUUGAGCUACAAAAAAUCCACAUGUAUAAAGGGUGGUGAUGUCUAUCUCACUCUGUCUCUCUUGGCAGUGUGUUAGUUUGCAAACUGCUUUAAAAGCAAAAAGAUGAAGGAUCUUCACCCUGCCAGUUUACACUGAUAUGGCUGGGUAUCACUGCUCUGACCACUUCCCUUGUCAUUUGUCUAUCCAAACCUACUGUAUUCAAUGACAACCACUACUGUGCCACAGGGGCACCUCAGUUCUGGAGCAUCUUCUUUCACAUAUUUCCAUAAUAAGCACAAAAAAAUAGGUUAUGUUAAUCCCUCUCAUUUGUUACUUCAAGAUACAUCACUGGUGAUGUUAAAUAUAUACGUUAUUGGCCAGCUCAAGUGCCUCUUGUAUAACUACUUGAAUAACACAAAGUGCUGUGCACUUUGUGUUCUCGACGGGAAAAAAAAAAAAAGAGCAAACGCACUAACUACACAGUUAAAGUCGACAAGCAGAUCAAACUGUGUUCCUCCCAUGUCUUAGGUGAGCCUGUGGGUUGGGCUGUGGACACGACUGGGGAUACGUUUUUGGACAGGAUAAAGCAUCUCUGUAAUAAGUCUCUAAAAACUGAGAUGGGCAGACUGACUGCAUGGAAUUAGGGUUAUUAGUGUUGGGGUUAUUUUUAUAGAGUGUCUCACGGUAUGUAAAACAUGCUGGAAUCAUUGCCACCACAGGAGCACGCAGUUCGAAAAAGUUACAGAGAUGGCAAAUUCAGACUAAAAUAGCAGAGAUGCUCCAGUAAUUAUUAAAUCAUGCUACCUCCUCCUGGAAAAUGAAUCCCAUCUGAAUAGGGCUGAUAUGUUAGGCACUCCCUAUAGAUUUGGUCUGGUGAGACAUUCAGAGAAAAUGAUUUUUUCAUUCAUUUAAAGUGGCACAGUAAUUACCCAAAAAUGAUAAAAUACAUGGAAAUAUUUAUUGGGCCUAAUCAGGGUGUUUUGUUGUUGAUCAUUGGCACUGUCCCUCAUAGAAAAAUUGACUCUUGACUAAAAUGUAUAUAUUUGAAUGGUGUUUGCAGCAUAAAAUAGACACGGUGAUGGUUUUACUGGCAAUCUGUGGCCAGUCAACUCUUGACUGGCCAAGGCAACUGAUUCCCUCUUCCUAAACUGGAUCACAACAAGGUGAUGGAUGACUUUUAAACAAGCUGAACAAGCUUCAAAACAAUGAAGUUUAUUAUUAGUAACCUGCAAGACCACUGCUUCAGAACUGGACUUUGAAGUGUAGCUCUGAAUAAAGACAUUCCUGUAUAAACUGCAUAUAGGAGCUCUGAAGAGGCCUGCAGGCCUAAAAGCAAGCAGAUACUGUAUGUUAUUUUUGUAAAAUAUUGCUUAUAAAGAGGCUGUACUUGAUGCAAGUGGCUGGA